UUUCGUUCCCAGCGCGUCGGGCUGCGUCUGGGUUUCACCGUUCAACCAAGAAAAAUAGAAAUUUGCGGGGUUGGUGCUCUCUCGCCAUUCCUGUGACUCAGAACACCAGAGAGGGAGAGAGAGAGAGAGAGGGAGGGAGGCCUCUCUGCCUCCGUGCUGCAAUCAUGGCAUUGACAGAUGGAGAUGCGAGUUCUUCUUCGUGCGACGGUGACGAUGAGUACCAGAAGUUUAUUCAGAAGAUGAACCCUCCAAGGAUCACUAUUGACAACACAUCGUCCGCAAACGCGACAGUUGUCCAUGUGGACAGUGCAAACAAGUAUGGGAUUCUUCUGGAGGUAGUGCAGGUUCUCACUGACCUUAAUCUCAUGGUCAAGAAAGCUUACAUAUCAUCUGACGGGGGAUGGUUCAUGGAUGUGUUCAAUGUGACGAAUCAAAAUGGGCAGAAGAUAAUGGACAAAUCUGUGCUGGAUGAGAUAGUGGAAUAUAUUCAUAAGUGUCUCGGCGCUGAUUCCUUCUUUUCUUCCUCAAAAGCGAGAUAUGUUGGAGUGGAGCCUUCCUCUGACUACACCUUGAUAGAGUUAACUGGAACUGACAGGCCUGGUCUGAUCUCAGAAGUGAGCGCGGUGCUCACUGAUCUGGAGUGCAAUGUGGUGAAUGCAGAGGUCUGGACUCAUAACAAACGAGCAGCCGCCGUGAUGCAGGUCACUGAUACUAAAACUGGGUUGGCAAUCUUAGAUACAGAACGGCUACGCAGAAUCAAGGAGCGGCUUCGCUAUGUGUUCAAAGGAAGCAACAGGAGCCAAGAUGCCAAGACAACGCUUACGAUGGGGAUAACCAACACAGAGCGGAGGCUGCACCAGAUGAUGCUUGAGGAUCGGGAUUACGGAAGGUACGAUAAGGAUAGGGCGAAUGUCAACCCGACACCAAUGGUCUCAGUCGUUAAUUGGCUCGAGAAAGGUUAUUCUGUGGUGACAGUUCGGUGCAAGGAUCGACCAAAGCUCCUCUUCGAUACAGUGUGCACCUUGACAGAUAUGCAAUAUGUGGUUUUCCAUGGGAGUGUGGACACCGAGGGCCCCGAAGCUUACCAGGAGUAUUACAUUCGGCAUAUUGAUGGGUCACCUGUCAACUCCGAGGCCGAGAGACAGCGAGUUAUCCAGUGUCUUGAAGCUGCUAUAGAGAGGAGAGUAUCCGAGGGCCUGCAGUUAGAACUGUCAACAGGCGAUAGAGUGGGACUGUUAUCAGAUGUAACACGGAUCUUCCGCGAGAAUGGCUUGACAGUCACGAGAGCGGAAGUGUCAACUAGGGAGAACAAAGCGAUCAACACUUUCUAUGUUCGCGACGCAGCAGGGAGAUCAGACGUCGAUCUGAAGACACUAGAAGCUAUACGCGAGGAGAUAGGACAGACGGUGCUUCAAGUAAAAGGGAACCCCGAUCACCUGAAACAACCCCCGCAAGAGUCGCCUACUAGGUUUCUCUUCAACAGUCUGUUCAGACCAAGGUCGCUGUACAGCCUAGGGGCGAUCAGGUCCUGAGCUCUGAAAAGUUACGUUCGAUCGACGACUACACAAGCAAUGCAUGCCCGUAGCACAUCUUAGGUUCGCAGUGGUGGUCUUAGGAAAGGCAGAGGAAACAAGGUGCGGCUGUGCUAGCAGAUCAUCAGAGGAAGAAGAAUUGGCUAAGCUGGCAUGUACAGAAGCAGCAGUUGGUGAACCAUCAUAGAAAGUUCUUUAGAAGCAAGAGCAUAGUUGUUUCAAUUACCCCCAAUCCAAUGUCAGUCUACAAAGUACCUAGGCUGAUUGUACUGAUGAAAACGGUGCUGGUUUCUAUCCAUCCAUGAUCCACCGGCCUACAUUCAUGUCCUAGUCAGUCCUCUCGCAGUAUAUGUGUCUCACCGCUGGAGCUGGAGCAGGAUGAGCAGUGACGGGUUGUGGUGUCUGUUGACUUGGCUUGCUUUGCCCCUUGGGGAUCUUUACGGGGUGUGUCCAAGGAGUAUCAGGACCGACGUUGAUGCUCGGUGUCGAAGACGACGACGGUGAUGGUGACGCCGCUGUCAUUUGCGCUGGGCGGCAAGCAUAUGGGGCAUAUGGGUGCCAGCUCGGCAGGGUCCUACGUGCAGGAAAAUGGAGUCCCCUCUCACCCUGCACUACUUGUUGGCCAAGGCGUACGGAUGUCCCCAUCAUGUUUUCCAACCUUUUGGUCCUGCCAUGUCAUGUCUCGUUGCCUAGUUCUAGUGGUAUUCCGUGUAUAUAUCUUUGCCUAGUUUUGUACAUAGUUGAAUGAUACGCCAUUUGAAGGAACGUUUGUGCGUCCAGAAAUGUUGUAAUGCAACCUCUGUUUCUGCGCUA